CUGGCCCAUUCACCAAAGGAUUUGCCGCGUAACAGAUGAGCUGAUAAUUUGCAAAGAAGCAUAACAAAAAAAUUGUUCACCGAAAGAAGAUGCCAAGAGACACGAAAAAAGUGAUAAUUUUCUCCUUAUAUGCACAGGUGGCAUUGGGUGUCUUAGCAUGGGCGCAGGUAUGUCCAUCACGGUGCCGUUGCCCUGACGAGCCACCGAUGUGUGCGCGCGGAGUGCCAUUGGUUCUCGAUGACUGCGCGUGUUGUCUGGUCUGUGCGCGACAAGCAGGAGAGACUUGUUCCGAGCUCAACCCGUGUGACAUCAGGAAGGGUCUCCGGUGUGAUUAUGGCGCGGGCGCGCACAAGAGGACCGGCGUAUGUGAAGCCCACAAGGGAGAUGUGUGUGUCCUUGAUGGCGCCGUCUACCAGAAUGGCGAGACGUUUUUCCCCAGCUGCAAAUACCAGUGCACCUGCCGGGACGGUCAGAUGGCCUGCGUGCCUCGCUGCAACCUGGACGUGAUGCUGCCGGGUCCCGACUGCCCGUUCCCGCGGCGGGUCCAGGUGCCGGGCGAGUGCUGUGAGAAGUGGGUGUGUGAUCCCCAGCUGGAGGCCAGCGCCCUCGGAGGCUUCGCCAUGGCCGCCUACAGACAGGAGGACACGGUGGGCUUUGAUGCUUGGGACCCCAGCGUGAACUGCAUCGAGCAGACGACCGAAUGGUCAGCCUGUUCUCGGACCUGUGGCAUGGGGGUGUCCACCAGGGUCACCAACAAGAACCAGCGCUGUGAGAUGGUCAAGCAGAACCGGCUGUGCAUGGUCCGACCCUGCGACAUGAAGACAGAGCCAACCGACGUGAAGACAGAGGGCGCCUGCCUGAAGACCAAGAGGACCCCCAAGGCCGCCCACUUCUCCUUCAACAACUGCACCAGUGUCCAGGCCUACCGGCCGCGCUUCUGCGGCCUCUGCACCGACGGCCGCUGCUGCACGCCGCACAGCACCAAGACGGCGCAGGUGAAGUUCGCCUGCCCCAACGACCGGGUGAUCAAGCGGCCCAUGAUGUUCAUCAACACCUGCGCCUGCCACCACCACUGCCCCCGGGAAAACGCCAUCUACCAGAGCGCCGACCUGACGCACAGCGGCAACCUGAGACUCUGA